GGAACUCUCUGAAGCUGUAGAUCGACUUUCAGGAUCCGAUGCAAAUGAACCCGGCGGUUUAUUUCUCAGCAAGAAAAAGUCGGAUUUCAAGAAACCACAAGGAUCAUUACUAGGUCUGGAUAAGUUGGCAGAGAGGAAGCGACUUGAAGGUACCGUGAAGGAGUUGAACUUUGCAAAGCGUGAUCAAGUUAACCGUGACAGGGAACGUCGUGUCGAAACACCUUCCAAUCAAGGCGGUGUCAGUAAAGAAUUUCUGGAUUCUCGAGAGCGUAGACGCGAGCGGGAACGCCAAGAAAAAGAGAAAUCUGGUCUCGUCUCGACAACUUCCCGGAAGAGCAUAAAUGCUCUUCCUGAAUCAACAGUACGCAGGGACAUUGAUCAUUCUGUUAUCACUGCGGAUCGGGAAUCACAAAGUGUGCGGCGCCGCAGAGAAGCUGAGUGGGAGGACGAAACACCGUCACAUCGCAGUGCCCGUGGGUCUGGUGAUGAUACCAACUUGAGUUUGGAUCGCUUUGCUUCUCCAUCCGAUUUGCAUGGAGCUGAAGGACGCUCCGGUAAGCAGUGGAGCUGGGAUGACUCCGGAUUCGGCAGCAGAGGGAGCACUCCGAAGGGUACUAACUUUCUAAAAUCGGACUCCAAUCGCGAACGGUAUGUUUACACGCCGCUACCUACUCCUACUUUCAAACAUAACACGUGGAUGAAAUCUCCCCAUGGUGACCGUGAACAUCAUCGUAUAGGUCGGUCAGAUCGUCCCAAGAGUGAACACCAUUCCGACCAUUCACAUAGAUCCGCAAGACCUAGCACUGGGACUACUAGGGGACACAAACACAGUCCGGAUAAUUUCGAAGAAACCGAAGAGAUGAUGGUGGAGAAUGAACGCAUUGAUCGCAACUGGUACCAAAUGGAUGACGGUUACGAUGAGGAAAAUAAUCCGUUUGCAGAUAUCCCCGAAGAAUACGCGGCUAAAAAGGAGCGUCAGCUUGCUGAACGAAAAAAACGCAAUCGACAGAAGCUGACGGCUCAGGCAGUCCAGGUUCACAAGGACAACCAAGCUUGGGAGCACAACCGAAUGUUACGUUCCGGUGUGGUCCAGCGUGUUGAUUUUGCAGAAGAUGAAGACUUUAACGAGGAAGGCGAAGCACGUGUACAUUUACUAGUGCGUAAUAUACUUCCUCCCUUCCUCGACGGUCGAAUAGUGUUCACACGACAACCUGAACCAGUUAUUCCUGUCAAGGACCCUGAUUCAGUGAUGGCAAAAGUUGCUCAGAAAGGUAGUGCAAUGGUGCGCUAUUUUCGUGAACAAAAAGAGCGCAAGCGGGCACAAAAGAAAGAAUGGCAGCUGGCUGGAACACGGAUUGGUGAAGUAAUGGGAGUGAAGGCUCCUGAAGAACCGGAGGACCGGUGGACUGAGGACUCGCAUCGUCAAACACAAACGUUCGCAGACAAAGUUGGUGACAUGAAAUCAGAGGCUGUAAGUGACUUCGCCACACAGAAGACACUCUCUGAGCAAAGACAGUAUUUGCCAGUGUUCUCUGUGCGUUCAUCUUUACUGAGAAUGAUAAAAGAACAUCAGAUAGUUGUUAUUGUCGGGGAGACUGGCAGUGGCAAAACCACACAACUGACGCAGUAUCUGCAUGAAGAUGGCUACACCACAUAUGGCAUGGUUGGAUGUACACAGCCUCGACGUGUUGCUGCUAUGUCAGUGGCACGUCGCGUUGCAGAAGAAAUGAAUACACGGCUGGGUGACGAAGUGGGUUACGCGAUUCGAUUUGAAGACUGUACUUCACCUAAAACACUGAUCAAGUACAUGACGGAUGGUAUACUUCUGCGUGAGUCUCUCCGCGAAUCCGAUCUGGAUCCCUAUUCAGCUAUCAUCAUGGAUGAAGCUCAUGAGAGGUCGCUCAACACCGACGUUUUAUUCGGGCUUCUUCGUGACGUUGUAAGCCGGCGCAAUGAUUUACGCCUAUUAAUUACAUCGGCAACCAUGGAUGCAGAGCGCUUUGCACAGUUUUUUGGAGACUGUCCCACCUUUCGAAUUCCGGGUCGCACAUUUCCUGUGGACUUGCAGUUUAGCAAAACGACCGUAAUGGAUUACGUAGAUGCUGCUGUGAAACAGGCUAUUCAAGUCCACCUUGGAUCACCGAUUGAUGGUGACAUACUAAUAUUCAUGCCUGGCCAGGAGGAUAUCGAAGUUACCUGUGAACUCAUUGCAGAACGCUUGGGAAAUCUUGAAGAGGCCCCACCACUUUCAAUACUACCCAUCUACUCACAGUUACCGAGUGAUUUACAGGCGAAGAUAUUCAUGAAAGCAGAAAACGGUGUCCGGAAAUGUGUGGUGGCCACUAAUAUCGCUGAAACCUCACUAACGGUUGAUGGAAUACGCUAUGUGAUAGACACGGGAUACUGCAAAUUGAAAGUAUUUAAUCCGAAGAUUGGUAUGGAUGCAUUGCAAGUUUUCCCCAUCAGUCAGGCUAACGCCAAUCAACGGGCUGGCCGAGCCGGUAGAACUGGGCCUGGAGUAUGCUAUCGUCUUUACACAAUCGGGCAAUUUCAAGAAGAGAUGCUGUUCACAGCUGUUCCUGAGAUCCAGCGGACAAAUUUGGCUAACGUUGUGCUUUUGUUAAAAUCACUCGGAGUUCAAGAUUUGAUGCGAUUUCAUUUUAUGGAUGCUCCUCCACAAGACAACAUCCUCAACUCCAUGUAUCAGCUGUGGAUUUUCGGUGCUUUGGAUAACACUGGUAGUCUGACCAACUUGGGACGCCAGAUGGUAGAAUUCCCACUCGACCCAGCCUUGUCGAAGUUGCUCAUCACAUCCUGCGAUAUGGACUGCUCUGAGGAAAUUCUCACCAUUGUGUCCAUGCUAUCUGUUCCCAGCGUAUUCUAUCGUCCCAAAGGACGUGAGGAAGAGUCCGACAACGCGCGCGAAAAGUUCCAAGUCCCCGAAUCGGAUCAUUUAACCUUGCUGAAUGUGUUCACUCAAUGGCGCAAAUCAAGUUAUUCGGCCGGGUUUUGUGCUCGACACUUUUUGCACCUGAAGGCGAUGCGAAAAGUGCGAGAAGUAAGGCAGCAAAUGAAAGAGAUUAUGGAGCAGCACAAUAUGAAUCUACGCUCGAUCAGAAGUGAUUGGGAUGUAGUCCGCGAAUGUCUUUGUGCCACAUUCUUUCACCAGGCCGCUCGAAUCAAGGGCUUGGGAGAGUAUGUGAAUUUGCGCACCGGAAUGCCGUGCCACUUGCAUCCCACCAGUGCCCUGUAUGGAAUGGGUUACACUCCGGACUAUGUGAUUUACCAUGAACUGGUCAUGACCACAAAGGAGUACAUGCAAUGUGUCACUUCUGUGGAUGGCACCUGGCUCGCCAAAAUGGGUCCGAUGUUUUACAGUGUCAAAGAUCCCAAUCUCACUCGCUUGGAACGCAAGAGGCAAGCCGAAGAACAACUGGCUGAAAUGGAACGCGAAAUGCGAUUGGCCGAAGAACAAAUAUCUCGUCGACGAGAGGAGCUUACUGCUUCGAUUAGCUCCAGUCGAUUUUUAUCGAUACUACCAGCGCCCAAUCGCUACCCCGGGCAUGCGGACUCCAGGGACCCCAGUUGUUUCAAAACGUCCGGCAGGACGAAUGGGCCUGUGACAACGCCAGAUAUCACUGACCUGUACUCAGUCCUUUGUACAAAAAUGUAUAUGCCUUAUCUCAAUAUAUUUCCAUUCUUAUGGUUUCGCUUGUUUCCCGUCCAACUCGUUGGUUCGCAACCAUAUCAGCUCCAGGAUCCUGAACCAAAUGAACAAGAUACAAAACAAGUGGAGGAAGCGCUUGGCAUAUUGAAAGAUGAUAAAGAAUUCGAGGAGUUCGAGAAAGAAGACUGGACCAAUGAGGAGGAAGAUACUUCUGAUUUGAAGGUUUGGGAUUACAAAUGGGACACAGACGGAGACACGAACGAUCAGUUCACGGAAUUUUUGCGGACGGAACUGAUGAAGCUGGAUUUUGAAGUCCCACAAAACUAA